UUUGUUAGUUGAACGAUGGCAGCGGUCGGCGACGUAUGUGCCGGUCUCAUACGACACAAAGUAACUUUACUGCGAGAGUUAUGCGACACGAAUAUCUUAGAUGUACUUGUUAAAAAAGGAAUUUUCAGUUUGAGUGACCAUGAGUUGAUAACCGGUGCCUCGGACAUCGAUAAGUGUAAUUAUUUCGUGGAAGUUGUUAGUAAACAAAGUGGUGCAAAGUUAAAUGAGUUGUGUUCGGUGCUUGAGCGGGAAUGCCCGAAGUUGUCGAAGGAGCUUAUGAAUGACAGACACAGAUUUAUAGUUAACGGAUACAGUGCAGCUGACAGUGCCAAAGAAAACAUGGUUAUGAGCCAUAAUUUAAACAGAGAAUCUCCCCGAUCCCGCCGCUCGGUGUCGCAAUGCUCGUGCAACACGUCGAGGCGCUCGUCGAUGGCCGCGUCGCCGGCGCCCGCGCCGCUGCCGCCGCUCAACAACACCAUGGAAAUGUACGUCGAGCCUGUUGUCGAAGAUACGGCAGAACGCAACAGCGGUUGGGAGACGCACAGGGUGCGGCUGAACCGCGUCCCCGGCUACGGGUUCGGCAUAGCCGUGUCUGGGGGCAGGGACAACCCCCACUUCGCGAGCGGGGACCCCUCCAUAGCCGUGUCUGAUGUACUGCGCGGAGGACCGGCGGAGGAGAAACUACAAGUCAACGACCGUAUAGUGUCCGUGAACGGAGUCCCUCUAGAAAACGUGGAGUACGGCCGCGCGGUGGCGGUGCUGCGGGACUCGGGCGCCGCCGUAUCGCUGGUGGUACGGCGCCGGGCGCCCGCGCCGCCGCCCACCGCGCCUACCAACAUCAAGCUAGCGCUUACUAGGAACGGGAAGAAAGAAGACUUCGGCAUAGUCCUCGGCUGCAAACUCUACGUCAAAGAGCUGACCCUCCGAGCCAGAGAGCAGCUAAACCAAGCCGGCCAGGGCCUCUGCGAAGGAGACGUAGUCACCAGAAUCAACAACACAGCCAUCACUGACGCCAUAACGCUCAAGGAAGCCAGGAAACUGAUAGAGUCCUGCAAGGACAGACUUAAUUUAGUGGUGACGAGGGAACUGAUCCGGGAAGAGACGGUCACUAACGGGAAUUAUCAGAAUAAUUACAAUAGUUUAGAUGGAUCCCACAACGUGUACGCGGGCGCGGAGCCGAUGCAGUCAGCCUACUCCAGCAGCGGACAGAAUCUGUACGUGGCGGCGCCGGUGCGGGGCGGGCCUGCCGGAGACAGCCGGAGGGGCCCGAUGUCGCACGAAGUGGAGCAGCCGCCGAGACCACCGCCUCCGAGGAAUGACGACUAUUAUAGCAGCAGGCGGCAACUGUACGAAGAAGACGGGAUGACCAACCAGCGAAACAAACCACCAAGCGAGCCCCGCCUCAUCAGCUUCCAGAAGGAAGGCUCGGUGGGGCUGCGGCUGUGCGGCGGCAACCGCUCCGGCGUGUUCGUGUCCGGCGUGCAGCCCACCAGCCCCGCCGCCCUGCAGGGUCUGCAGCCUGCUGACAAGAUACUCAAGGUGAACGACAUGGAGAUGAAAGGCGUGACGCGAGAAGAAGCAGUUCUCUUCCUACUUAGUCUUCAGGAGAGAAUAGACCUCAUCGUGCAACACUCGCCGAGCGAAUACAGCGCUGUUGCUGGUGGACAGAUGCCUGGUGACUCGUUCCACAUAAAGACGCAUUUCCACUACACGGAGCCGACGGACGGGGAGAUGUCCUUUAGAUGUGGGGACGUGUUCCACGUGGUGGACACGCUGCACAACGGCACUGUCGGCGCGUGGCAGGUCUACAGGAUAGGUCGCAACAACCAAGAAGUCCAGAAGGGCACGAUCCCCAACAAGGCUCGUGCCGAGGAACUGGCCACGGCGCAGUUCAACGCCACCAAGAAAGAGAUGUCGGGGAACGACGGCAAGCACAACUUCUUCAGGCGGCGGCGCUCCACGCAUCGGAGGAGCAAGAGUCUGGGCAAGGAGCAUUGGGACGAAGUAGUACUGUCGGACAGCAUCAGCAAGUUCCCAGCAUACGAGCGAGUGGCGCUAAAACAGCCCGGCUUCGUGCGUCCCGUCAUCGUUCUUGGCUGUGUCGCUGAUUUGGCGCGAGAACGAUUACUACAGCAGGAGCCAGACAAUUUCGCGUGUCCUAAAAUGGACAGCACCCUAGAAGACAGUAAAACUAAGUCAGCUGGCAUCAUCCGCCUAUCCAGCAUACGAUCCAUCAUGGAGCGAGGGAAGCACGCGCUACUGGACAUAACGCCGAACGCCGUCGACCGACUGAACUACGCGCAGUUCUACCCUAUCGUCAUCUUCCUGAAAGCUGACAACAAACAUAUCAUCAAGCAGUUGAGAGCAGGCCUUCCAAAAUCAGCCCACAAGUCCUCAAAGAAGCUGCUCGAGCAGUCCCAACACAUGGAGCGCGUGUGGGGCCACGUGUUCACGCACACCAUCACGCUGAGCGAGGCCAACCAGACCACGUGGUUCAACAAGCUCACUGACCUCAUACAGCGGACGCAGCAACAGCAGCUCUGGGUGUCCGAGACCAAGAGGCCAGAGCCGUUGUCGGACGACUUCUUGUUCUCAAUGUCGUCGAGUACGGAGAACCGGCUGUCGUACGCGUCGAGUCCGGAGAGCGACUUGGAAGUAAGCCCGCCGCCGGCGCCGCGGCUGGUUAAAUCGUCGUCGGACCCGUCCAUAGCCACGACGCAGGACAACAUGGACCGAGAUGACGAUUUGAAUCAUAUGGCUGAUGCUGUGCCGCCGCCUUAUACGCAAGGCGGGUACGGCGACAGCAAAUACGGGUUCUCAACGAACGGCAACGGGCCCACCAACGGCAUGACGCACCACAACGGGCAGCAGAACAUGACGCAAGAGGCUCCGCCGUACCAGAUGAAUCCUAUGGCACAUUCACCACCGCACUCCCCGCUUUAUGGGACCGUUCCAGAGCUGCCGCCGCGCACGCCCGGCCGACCAGCAGGAGGAGUUCUACUGCCCGCGCCGCCGCCGGGCCGCCCGCCCCUCAACAGGCACCCGCAGCAGAACACACGCCCCAGCGCACAAGAGCGUCUGUUCGGGCCACCGAAGGAAGCGAACGGCGACGACACGGCCACGUACACAGCCCGGCCUACGAGCAUGAUCAUACAGCCCACGCAGAACUCGCUCGACCGGCACAGGCAUCCUGGGAACCCGCAGACCUCGUACGAUGGCACGUCAUCGUACGACUACGGGGGCUCUAACAACGGCUCCGCGCUCGGCUCCUGCCGCCUCCCGCCCAACGCCCCCGAUGACCUCAAAGUCGCCCCGCCUCCGAAUAAACUCGAGCCGCCGCCGCCUCCCAACCCGACCGCCAUGUCGUCACAGAGUCCGCAGCGAAACUCCAACUCGCACGAACACAACUCGCUCGAGUACAGAAGCUCUGACAAUUACAGCAGGUCCCAGGAGAACUUCCGCAGCCCGCAGCGGCCCGCCAUGAACGGCGCGACGCACGCCGCGCCCGUGCACGCGCGCGGACCCUCGCUGCCCAACGCGCCCACCAACGACCACGCCAAAUACAGCAGCCGCACGAACUCUGCGUCGCAGGCGGACUACAGCGCGCGCGGCGCGCCGCCCUACAAGCCGGUGCCGCCGCCCAAGCCCAAGCACUACCGCCCGCCCGCCGACCAGCCGCACCCGGGACACCCCAGGAACGGGAGCAUGGACCCGGCAGCAGCGCCGCCGCCCGGCCCCGGCCCCCGCGCGCCCGCGCCCGCGCCCUACCCGCACUACUCGCACCAGCACUCGCUGUCGCAGCCGCACCACCGCGUGCAGCACAACAGCUACCCACAACAUCAACAAAACAUGUCAUACGGCGGUCAGAUGCCUCCCCAGUCCCCGCCGUACUCCGGGCCUCCGUCCCACCACCGCGCCAUCAACCUGCCGCACAACCCCCAUCUCAUAGAUUUAGCAGGCAGUCGAGAACAACGCGGAUCCGCCUUCGAAUUAUAUAGGAAGCCUCAACACAUGCACAAUAUAAGUUCAUCCGAUGCCAUGAACUCGAGCGUGGAGCGCGACGAAUCAUUUUCACCAAAAACAAAAAAGAAAUUGUCUAAAAAGCCAUCGUUUAUUAAAAACGCUGUGCUCGAUCUAUUCCGAUCAAAAACGAAAAAUUCCCAAAAAGUAUCUCGGCAAAAGUCAUUAUGCGAGACAGACUUGCAGCCUAGGCAUCAGAUGCAUCAAAUGCCGAUGCUCAGACGAGAGAAGUCUGAUCUUAGCGACUUGAAUACGCAUAUGAGAAAUACGCAAAUAAGAAACCAAAUGUUGCAGCGUAGCAACUCUUCCUCAUGUGAAAAACCAGUUUUAAAACCAAUCCUAAAACGACAAAGCUCAUUUUGUGACGACAGAAAUGGCGUAAUCUGCACAGUUAGAGAAUACGAUGCCAAACCCGUCAUAAAAAAUCUAAGACGACAAAAUUCAAUGUGUGAGAUAGAAACGGAACCGAAAGUUACCCCACUGUUACGCAGACAGAACUCCCUUAUAGAGUAUAAUAGACGAGGCAUUUACGGCCAGUCGCCCAGCUUUAAUAUGAUUACCAAAAUAGAUCCCAUCUACCAAAGACAGCAGCAAACAAAACACGAACCAUUCCACCCUACGCAACCGCUACCUCCAGAACCAGUUUACCAAACCAAAGAACAUCUCGUUUACGAUCCUAUUCCUAAACCAAGGAGAACGUAUGCUUCUCUGUAUGAUACCUCAAGCGAAAACCCCUAUGCCAGUAGAUCUGAAGUUACUAAUCAGAGUUUUGAAAGUCCGUAUGGAAACCGACAGUCUAUGGGCAUGCCCCUUAUGGACCCGUAUGCUACUAGAGCCGAAUGCAUUAGAGAGAAUCCCUAUGCAACACGAUCUGAAUGUGUGAGAGAGAGUCCUUAUGGCACCAGGACCGAUAUUGUAAAAGAAAGCCCAUAUGGAACAAGAACAGAUUCAGUAAGAGAGAGUUUAUACGGAACAAGAACAGAUUCUGUUAGAGAAAGUCCUUAUGGUACCAGAUCUGAGUCGAUUAGGGAAAGCCCUUAUGCCACCAGGAGUGAAAUAAUAAACGAUAACCCAUAUGCUACUAAGCAUGAUAUCGUUAAGCAAUCAGAUUCCUUAUACAGCGAAUCUCCUUAUUCUAGCAAAGAGCACAUGCUUAGGCACAGAAUGACUUCUGAAAGUCCAUAUUCUACGAAAGAAGACAUGUUGCGACAGAGAUUUUCAGAAUCACCUUAUAAUACCAAGGAAGAAAUGCUUAAGCAAAGAAUGGAUGGGUCGUUUACUGUUAAAGAGCCCUUGUAUGGUAGAAGGACGUACGAACCUCCAGCAAGCACCUCAUGGUCAGAGAAUCCCUACAGUGUGAGGCCUGACAGAAGAUUACAAACUCCGGUAAAUUAUCCCGAAAGGAUAUCACCAAUGGCUAAGUGUAUGAGCGAACCACCAUAUUCGUCUAGAACGGAAAUGCUAUCGAGAACAGGGCAAGCAGAAUCACCAUAUGCAACUCGAUCCGAGAUCAAAUCUAGCAGCUCAGAAUCUAAUUAUUGUACGAGGAGUGACAGCCUUGAGUUUAAACCAGAUAUUCGACCAGCUUCAGCAGAGUGCACAUAUGUGUCAAGACAAGAAAUUUUAUCUCAGAAAGCCGCUAUGUUAGCCAGUAAAGAGUCUACUUAUGGUAUUCGACUAGAAGAAAAACUGGAAAUGAUAAAACAAAGAAAUCAAGCUAAAAAGGAAAUGAUUUAUCAAACCAGGAAGGAAGCAAAUGAAAGCGAUGCAGCUAAAAUGAGAGAACCUUUGUAUGUUUCCAAAAGAGAACUAAAAGAUAGUGUAAUAUACGAAUCUCACCAGGAAACUAAAGAAGUAUUACAAGCCCAAGAAGGAAGUGCUAGAAGUAGCCCGUAUGAACUCAGUGAUGCUAAUCAUUUAUCCCGUCGAGAACCUAUUUAUCAAACAAAGACAGAAGCAGAAAGCAGCGUUGAGAAGGAGACAUUCCAAGAAAUAGAUUUUUCAAAACUCAGAUUGACAGAGUCAAAAACUGACGCAGAAAAGGAAAAGUCACUGAACAUAGAAUCCACCGUACUCAAAGGCGAACCUUUAUACUCACCUCGUUUGCACGGAAAGACAGAACACAUAUCGAGUGCUUUAAAAGCUACUACCUCUCCCGUACCGUAUGAAUCAACAACGUCAAUGGAAACUCAUUAUGCUUCUGAAUGCAGUAUGAACUUUGAAAAUAAGCCUCAAAGUACCCCUUACACCUCUCAAGAUUUAGAGGAUCAACCUCCAAAACCUAGCAGAACCGUAAAAUUCUGCGAAAAGAUAGUAGAGAAAAGUCCUGAGAGCAGCCAAGAAAAUUCUGAAAAUAUGUCUGCAAGUCAGAACGAAACAACCGUUAUUAACAAUCAGAACACUAUGAUUCAGGCGUCUAUGUCAGAAAGUGCCUCAGAGAGUAAAGAGGAAGUAGAACCUGAUGGUCCGCAUACUACUUGGGGAAUAUUUGACAGUGAAGGCGGUGUAUUAGAAGAUAGACAAUGGGGAGUUUCCCUGAUCAUCCCGCCUAAAGCUAUAGCUCCUGGUAUCAAGCAAAAGAUCUACUUUACGGUGUCAGACCCGAGGCUCAGCCAGCGCGUGGGGGGGCCACCAAUCGAUAUGGACAACGGUGAAGCGAUGCUCUCCCCACUAGUGAUGUGCGGUCCGCAAGGGCUGGUGUUCCUGCGGCCGGUGACGCUGCGGCUGCCGCACUGCGCCAACGCAGUCCCCUCCCUAGGCCUCACGAUCAAGGCCACCGACACCGAGGCGCACCUCAGCACCGACUGGGACCAGAUACACCUCCCCGCGACUACCACGCUCAACACUGUUGCUGUCAAAGUUGAUCAUUUUUAGCUCACGAUAUAUAAAGAGUUGUUAAGCGCGUGAAUGUUCUGAGUUCAUUUGCAACCAAUCGAAUAUAUGAUAAAUAUUAUAUUAGACGGUUAAUAAAAUUAUGAAAUAUGACUAUAAAGCUUGCAUAGGCUAUUGAUUCUAUACCUUAAUAUUGGACCCAGUUGUCUAACAUAAAUGGGGUUGCAAAGAUAAUGUUCUUCCAAAUUGUAUCUAAAUUCCCACCUUUAGGCAAUAAGACCGCAUUUUUAUUCGCAUAAAAAGCAUUUUCAAGAGCUAUUUUUUGUAAAAAUUUUAGAAAAUCUCUUAAGUAAUUUUAGGCUUUGAGAGCUUGGUUUUACACGGUAAUAAUUGAUGGUGCUCUUGCUAUGCAAAUAUUUUAUGUAUAAAAUAAUU